GUGGGCCCGAAAUACGAAUUCUGGAAGCGUCUGAGAGUUGAUUUGGUAGCUUGCAUGUAGAAUGAUUGUCCGCAGCCCGGUGAUCCCGGACAGUAACAAAACAUACAAAGCCCGAGCCCAAACCCCGCCUCCAUCCUAGUUGCUGUAGAAAUCAAUAAACGAUGACGUCUAAGAAAUUUGCUGUUAAAUGCAGAGAUUUUGCUGUCCUGGUAGAUCUUCAUGUAUCACCACAAGGGUCAAACAAAGAUACCAGCUGGUUUUCCGAACAGAAGAAAGAGGAAAUCUGUUUGCUAUUAAAAGAAACUAUUGAUUCAAGAGUUAAGGAGUACUUUGAAGUCCGUAAACAGCACAAGCCAUCAAAUACAGAAUUCACAAGAUCCUGUCCUUUGUCCUUAAAAGGUUAUGGUUAUCAGAUCACUGCCUAUUUCCUCAAGAGGGGGAUUCGCCUUCGCUGCAUCGGGAGUGCACGGAAUACUAAACUCCGUGUAUUCCCUGACCGAUUUGUGGUGUGCAUUAGUCAACUUGCAGCCAGUCCUGAUACCUUGACAAAUCAGAAAGAAUUGACAGAAAGAGCUCUCCAUGGAGUGUCUGAUUAUUUUGCUGAGUGUGCAGAGAGUCCACUUCCUCCCGGUGCAAAGCUCAAGAGAAACGCUCUGAAAGAAAUUGUGAAAAGAACUGAAACAAAAAGCGUCUCAAGCAAAUCGCAGAGCCACAAGGCCACUGUGGGAACAACCAGUGACUCAGAGAUUGCAGUGGUAGCAAGGAGGAGUGACGAUGGUCAGGCCUCAUCCAGUCCCCCGUCAGCAGCCAUGGGACCAGGAGAGGAUUACAUAAAGGCAGUGGAGAGCCACUGGAGGCUUCCUGUUCAAAAGCUGGAAAAUGUUAAUCAGACUCAACCAGAGGACACUAGCAGCCAGCAAAAACCUCAUCCUGGGGAGCGGUUGAAGACAAGACUUCUAAGCAGGAGCCCUGUCUAUAGCUGUGAGUCAGCAUCACCAGAUCCAAAGCAAAGUCCACGGGCAGAAAAAACACAACAGAAACGCAGGAACUGUGGCUCUACAGAAGACUCCGACCACCACAAGAGAGUUUCUCUUGGAAGUGAUCAAUUAGUCUCGGGAGAAAUAAUAGUGGAAAAAUGCACAGCUGUCAGUGUUUUGCCAAUGUUAGAGCUGUCAGAUCCGGGGUUACUCUUGAAACAAGAUUUGGCAAAACCUACGUACAAGGAAGGGCUGCAUGUUUUGGAAAAUCUCUCCUCCAGACAUCUUACAAAAAAUAAACUAGCUCAGGCUCAGCAAAGCAGCUUAGCCACAGAGUCAAGGCAAUUAUCUACAACUCAGGGCAACCGAACCACAAGAAGAAAGAAAUUGCAAAGGACUUUAGAGUUGUAAUUCAAGAUAUAGUGUCCAGAUCUGUGACAAGAGAUCCAUGUGUAUAGAUGCUGAGCUGCAGAAAGAGUUAAUUAAAAUGAUCAUCAUGAAUAAAAAGUAUAUAUUGAAUUAAGGUUAACAUUUAAGCAGUCUCCUCCAGAAGACUAUAUGGUUAUUCUAAUAUUACUGUUUUCUUAUUUAAUUACUGUCUUCAAAAAUUAUUUUAAUGACAAAGAGGAUGUCAUUUGUGCAAGGACUGCGUGGAGAACAAAUCACGUUUUUGACUCAUUGCUAUACAGACUUCAGGACAGGGCCAUAAGGACAGUGCCAUGGUGCUGCAGUGCUAUGGUGGGGACAGUUGAUUUUCUGCCUAGUGAAAGAAUAAACUUGUAGUUCCCAACAUGUCCCAGUACCAACAUCAUGGCAAUAAAUUAAAAAUGUGGGUAUUGGGUCCCUGCUGAAUGACAAACUGAAUGACUCUGAAAUAUGCUCAAAUCUGAGAACCACUGGACUAAUGGGAGACUCCCUAGUGUUAAUUCAUCCAUCCUGGCUACCAUGGCCUCCAACUCAUCAGCUGGGGCAACGUGUGGACAUGUACACCCUCAGAUUCCCUCAAACUCGUAAAAUACCUGGGCUCGGUGAAUGAGUCAGUCUGUUCCCAGGUUCUAAGUAGCACAGCCAAAGCACCUAGGGAGCUGUUAACUUCUAAUUGCUGGAAGUUUGUGGGUAAUUCAUCCUGGCAUUAUGGGAGGACAUGGGAGAGGCUUGCUCUUGCUUGCAGCUCAGACAUGCCUCUGUCCAUGCCCUUGCUUCUCCAGCAUUUGGGAUGGGUUCAGGACAGACCAGAGCCCAAUGGGUUCAGUGGCCAGGAUUUGUAUUUUCCCAUAUAGAAUACUUCACAGGCAGUUUAAAUUCCCUGUGCCUGCAUAGCCUGCUCUUAUGAUGGUGCCACAAAAAGACAAGGAGCCUAAGGGAUCUGCCUGGAAGACUGAUUUGGACCCUAUUUGGCUUCUGGAUAUUUUGAAGUUUUUUCAGGAGGUUAGAGUCAGUGAAAAACAGAAACUCAGCACAAUAUUGUUCACAUUGGACAUUUCAAAAAUAAAUCACAGUUGUUUCUGAGAGAUGAUUCUCUGAAAGGUAUUUGAAAUACAUUACCAGCAAGUACCAUGAGAAGAAAAAUCUUCAUGAUUGCCUUCUUGGGGCCAUAUCUCACAGUGAGACAUAUCAACUUUGUUACUUUCAGUCAGGAUGUAGAUGGAGCAGAAUCUGAGGACUAGGUUAGGCCACUUCUCACUGGGCUUCAGUUAUUAAUUUUUAAAAGAUACAGCAUUCACUCAAUUUCAUUCUAAAGUAAGAAACCGUAUUCAAAGGCUACCCAUCUAAUGUAUCUUUUUUUCUGCUUACCAUUAGACGAUCCUUUAAAAUAGCAUUUCCCCUAAGCAAAAGGAAAAUCAGGGGUAGUCCCCCCCAUGUUUAAAUUAACAGAAAAAAAUACCAAUAAAAUAAAAUAAUACAGAAAUUCUUUUAUUUUGUAUUCUUGGCACAGAAUAGGUUCAUGCUCAAGAUGCAUGAGUGGUUUCUGUCCCCUCACUAUGCCCUUCCUCAUAUCGCCUUUCUCUGAAUGUGUUGUAUAAGAUGAGGUCCAUCAGUAGCCCACCUUAUUCCACAGCACUGUUUCAUGUCAUGAGGUUCAGCUGUGGUCAUGAAGCCUGGCAUUGUGUGUCCAUGGCUUUGAGAAUCCAACCCUGUGCCCUGCCUAGAAACUUGUCCUUUUCCUGCUCUUCCAGCCUUGCUACCUCCUCUAGAACCAUACCAUCAUCCUGUCCCUGGGAUCCUUUUCAUUUUCCUUUUUAGCUUUUUUUCCCACUCCCAGCUGACUCCAGUCAAAGAACUGUAUAGGCAGAGUGAGCCCAACAGAAUGCUACCUCAACAGAACUGAUUCUCUUUAUACAAUAGAGGUAGACUGUUCAGAAUGGAAACUUAUGGAGAAGUGGUAGAAUAUUGAUGACUGUGGCCCAUCACAGGCCCUCUCUGUUAGAAUGAUCUGUAUUCUGGAUACACUCUUUACAGUGUUUUUCAUUGAAUCAUUAAACAGAAUUAUUAGAUCAGUUUAUAAAUAGGGAGGGCACAAAAAAAUUCCAUUGGUAAAUAAGAAACUGCUUUCUGGAAGAGCAUAAAAUAAAAACAGUGACCCUGCCAGAAGCUAUUGCCUGCUCUAGAACUAGAGAUACUGAAAGUGAAAUCAGUAGAGGUUUUAUUGAGAAGGUUUUAUUUUAUUAGCUAACCUAGUCUUGAUGCUUAAAUCCAAUAUGUGUGAAUGUAUUCUGAUUUUCUUUCAAGAAAAGUCUUAGAUCUAGAGUUUGUUGUAUUCAGGAAAAUAACAAUCCCUGUGCUAUAAGGGGGAAAAUGGACAUGCUUGGGUUGUGGAUAGAUAUGGUCGUUCUCACAGCCUUGAUGAGCAAUGCUUUUUAACCGGGUUAAUGAAGGCGAGAGAGAUGGCUUUCAGCUCCCACACUAUGGCAUAUGUUGAAGGAAUUUUGUCUUUAAGCACUUUCCUUCCACAUGUCUGAAACACCAUCCCUGGAUCUAUUUUUACUGGAGUGAGAGUGAUUGUGUGAUUCUUUGGAUAUUUGGGGGUACAAAAGGAAAAUGGAUGCCAGGAUUUUUUACGUACUAGGUGGGAUAUGAAGGUUUCUCUGCUGGCAUGUAUUUUGAUAUUGUUAGUAAUAGUAAUUUGGCCUGAAAGCAUGAGACCUUGUCAAUAUUUGUAGUAAAAAAAAAAAAAAAAAAAAAAAAUUCUACAACCACUUAAUACUCCAAAUUAAAUUUUUAUUUAGUUGCUUGUGACUGUCAGGCUUGGAGGAAAUGUUGAUCUGAUCCAGUUAAUGUAAUAAUUUUGAACUCUUCUUUUUAAUUUGCUCAAUGUCUUUGUUCCUAAGCCACUGCUGUGUGUUUUCAAAUGACAUUCUAAUAGGUAGAGAUAUUAGGUUAUUAUAGAUAUUAGUUUUAUUUUAAUAAACGUCC